AUGGGAGCGUUACUCCUUCGUCCUUCGAGGAGGGGGCCGGCAGGUGUGGUUGCAAGCUGGACUAGCAGCCCAGCGGGGCGAGACGGGGGAGUAGGAAUCGCUGGGGCCUGGUAUUUCCCCAGAGCCUCCUCUCAGGCCAGGGAGAUGCCACGGUGCCGGACUUUGGAAAGCCAGGAAGGGGCAAACUCCGAAGAGAAGGGGGACAGUUCCAUAGAAGAUCCAAAAGAAACCAUCGCGCUGGCUUUUGUGAGAGUGAACCCAGGGGCACAAAACAGACUUCAGAAUGCCCAGCAGCAAGGCAAGAAGAAGAGGAAGAAAAAGAGAUGAUUGGUGAUCAAUCUAUCCAGCUGCCGGUAUGAGAGUGUGCGCAGGGCCGCCCAACAGUACGGCCUUAGAGAGGGAGGGGAAAACGAUGACUGGACUCUCUAUUGGACAGAUUACUCAGUAUCACUGGAGCGGGUGAUGGAAAUGAAAAGUUACCAGAAGAUCAAUCACUUUCCCGGGAUGAGUGAAAUCUGCCGGAAGGACUUGCUGGCCAGGAAUAUGAGCCGCAUGUUAAAGAUGUUCCCUAAAGAUUUCCACUUUUUCCCUAGGACCUGGUGUCUUCCUGCUGACUGGGGAGAUUUGCAGACCUACAGCAGGUCAAGAAAAAAUAAGACAUACAUUUGUAAGCCGGAUUCGGGCUGCCAAGGGAAAGGUAUAUUCAUCACCCGGACAGUGAAAGAAAUAAAACCAGGGGAGGAUAUGAUCUGUCAGCUCUAUAUUUCAAAGCCCUUUAUCAUUGAUGGGUUUAAGUUUGACCUACGGAUUUAUGUACUGGUGACAUCCUGUGACCCUCUCAGGAUUUUUGUGUACAAUGAAGGACUGGCCCGCUUUGCGACGACCUCUUACUCCCGCCCUUGCACAGACAACCUGGAUGAUAUCUGCAUGCACCUGACUAAUUAUUCCAUUAAUAAGCACAGUUCAAAUUUCAGUCGAGACGCUCACUCUGGCAGUAAGAGGAAACUCUCCACCUUCAAUGCAUACAUGGAGGACCACAGCUACAAUGUGGAGCAGAUAUGGAGGGAUAUUGAGGACGUCAUCAUCAAGACCCUCAUCUCGGCGCACCCCAUCGUCAGGCAUAACUACCACACCUGCUUCCCCAGCCACACACUCAGCAGCGCCUGCUUUGAGGUCCUGGGCUUCGACAUUUUGUUGGACCGCAGACUCAAACCCUGGCUGCUGGAGGUCAACCACUCUCCAAGCUUCUCCACCGACUCUCGGUUGGAUAAAGAGGUGAAAGAUGGUCUGCUGUAUGACACUUUGGUCCUGAUCAACCUGGAAAGCUGUGACAAGAAGAAAGUCUUGGAGGAGGAGAGACAACGGGGGCAGUUCCUGCAGCAGUGUUGUUCUCGGGAGAUGAGGAUUGAGGAAGUCAAGGGUUUCCGGGCCAUGCAGUUAAAGAAAACUGAAACAUAUGAGAAGGAAAACUGUGGAGGGUUCCGACUGAUUUAUCCCAGUCUGAAUUCGGAGAAGUAUGAGAAGUUUUUCCAGGACAACAACUCCCUCUUCCAAAAUACUGUUGCUUCCAGGGCUCGGGAGGAGUAUGCCCGGCAGCUGAUCCAGGAGCUGAGACUAAAACGGGAGAAAAAGCCCUUCCAAAUGAAGAAGAAGGUAGAGAUGCAGGGGGAAUCGGCAGGCGAGCAAGUGAGAAAGAAGGGCGUGAGGGGCUGGCAACAGAAACAGCAGCAGAAAGACAAGGCUGCCACCCAAGCCUCCAAACAGUACAUCCAGCCAUUGACAUUAGUGUCCUACGCACCUGACUUGCUCUCGAGUGUCAGAGAUGAAAGGAAAAAUGAAACAGACAGCAGCUUCAAUGAGGAAGCCCCCAUGAAGGAGGCUGGCCCUGUUUCCGCCAAGCCGACGUCUGCGAGGCCCUCCAGUUCUGUACCAGACCUGAGGAAUAUCAGUCUCAGCAGCUCCGAGUUGGAGCCCAGUAAACCCAACUUCAGCGUAAAGGAGGCCAAGUCUGCCUCUGCAGUGAACGUUUUCGCUGGCACUGUGCACUUAACCUCGGUAGAAACCGCCCCAGAAUCCACCAUCCAAGUCUCAAUCUCCCCAAAGUCUCCACCAACCCUGGCCGUGACCACCAGCUCUGAGUACAGUGGCCCAGAGAUGGAUAGGGUGGUAUCCUUUAAAUGCAAGAAGCAGCAGACCCCUCCACAGUUAAUCCAGAAGGAAAUGUUAAAACCUCUUCUGCCCACAAAAUCCAAGAGCUUCUGGGGGAGUCCAAACACAAACUGGAAUUUGCUGAAGAGUGACAUGAAGAAGCCACAUUUGCUAUCCGAGCUACUGACCAAGCUUCAACUGAGGGGAAAGCUCUCCUUCUUCCCAGCUCACUACAACCCCAAGCUGGGAAUGAAUAGCCUGUCACAAAACGCCUCCCUGCCUGGGGAGUGCCACUCCUGCAGUGACAGCUCUGGUGAGAAGAGGCAGCUGGAUAUGCCCUCCCUCCUCUUGCAGGGUCCUCAGAGCUAUAAUGUUACUCUGAGGGACCUGCUGGUGAUUACCACUCCAGCCCGACUGGAUCCAAGGCCUUGCAGAAGCCACACAAAUGCUAUGAGGGACCCGUGUAUGCAGGAUCAAGAAGCAUACAGCCAUUGCCUGAUCUCUGGCCAAAAAGGAUGUUAGAGGAGCUAG